AUGAGUUGGACAGGGAUUAAAAAGGCUAUUAACCGGGCAGGGACCCAGGUGAUGUUGAAAACAGGGGCCAUUGAAGAAACGGUUGAUUUAGAAUAUGAUUAUGAAGAAAAACGAUUUAGAAAUAUGGAGACAAAUCUGAAAUUAUUACAAAAACAAGUUAAACACUAUUUAGAUAGUUUAAAGAUAUUGAGUAAUUCCCAAGCUAAUAUCGGAGAAGUUUUGAAUUCAUUUUAUGGGAAUUCAAAUGAAGAAAUAGAAAAUCUUGCUCAAUUAUAUAAUCAGAGUUUAAAAGAAUUUAACUUAAAAUCUAUUCAGGAAUUGGAAGAUCCUUAUUAUCAAACUGUCAUUAAUCCAAUUUGCCGAUUUAAUUCAUAUUAUAUUGAGAUCAAUGAAGCUAUAAAGAAAAGAAACCAUAAAAAAUUAGAUUACGAUGCAAUGAAGAAUAAAUUGAAAAAAACAAUUGAAAAACCUACUAAUGAACACGAAUUGAAAUUAACUGAUUAUCAGAAUCAAUUAGAUUCAAUAGAAUCCACUUAUAAUGAUUUAAAUAGUAAAUUAAAACAAGAAUUACCAAAAUUGAUCAAUUUGAGAAUUCCUUACAUUGAUCCUUCUUUCGAAUCUUUUGUCAAGAUCCAAUUAAGAUUCUUCAAUGAAAAUUAUCAAUUCUUAAAUCAGAUUCAAUCAAAAUUAGAUUCAAAUACAAGAAAAGAUUAUAUUAAUGGGAAUCUUGAUGAAAAACUUGAUAAUGUCUUGGAUAAAAUGAGAGAAUUAAAUAUUACCAGUGUUUAA